AUGAACAACACGACGAUACCGCCAGAAAUUGAAGCCGAGCCCUCCUAUUAUACAUUAUCUAUAUGGGAAUUGAUUCUUUUCUGUCUUCUCUAUUCGGCGAUCGCCAUUUUGGCCGUUUUCGGCAAUCUACUCGUCAUAUUUGUUACUAUCAAAAAACUUCGUACCCGUUCUGUCACUACCUAUUUCAUCAUCAAUCUCGCUUUUGCCGAUCUGCUGACGGGGAUCUUUGCCAUCCCAUUCAAGUUUCAGGCGGCGCUUUUUCAGGAAUGGUUUCUGCCUAGUGCGCUGUGUAAAAUUGUACCCUACACAGAGUCUGUUACGCUGUCUGUGUCCGUGUUCACACUGACAGCAUCUGCAAUCCAUGAAUUCGGUACUGUAUUUUCACCGAAAAGAGGCCGCCUAUCCGGGACAUCAGCCAGCCAAUCAUCCGCUGUAUCGCAGCGUAGAAGCAGAUUGCUGAUCCUGGCCAUCUGGAUUGCAGCCGUGGUCCUUUCACUCCCUACCGGUCUAUUUCAUGCUCUCGAUGAGGAUGAAUUCGAUCAUACUGUCAGGUGCCUGCCAACAUACGGUGAUACACAGUGGUGGAAGGCGUAUAAUGUGAAGAUGAUUGUCCUCACAUAUUUCGUCCCAAUGUUCAUCCUCGAUACCGCAUAUAUAUUGAUCGCCUUCAAGAUCUGGACAACAACAACGGCAAUCACGGAAGAGUUGAUGGCCGCCACUGAUAAGAACGCAAUUGAAGCUGGGAAUCGAAAGAAAUCAAUGAGUAGCUGCAAAUCGUCAAGACAGCAUAUUGGCCCUCGUCCCAGCUUUAACAAGUUGAUGAAGAUGUUGAUCAUCGUGGUUGCUCUCUUUUCUCUCUGCUGGUUCCCCCUCGAGUCAUAUCUUCUAUUUAAUGAGAUAUUUCCUGAGAUUAACUUGUGGUACUACAUCAACGUAUUUUUCUUCUGUUCUCACUGGUUGGCUAUGUCGAAUUCUUGUUUGAACCCGAUUAUUUAUGGAUUGUACAAUGACAAAUACAACAAAGAAUACAAGAAGGUAUUCGCUGGUUUCUGGAGUUAUUGUGUGAAGAAGAGAAAGCACGAGACACCAGAUUCAUCCGAGAAUUUCGUUACCGAAUACCCUCCAUGUACGCUCAUAUACAAAGAGACGACCGGAACUGGCGCACACCCAAGCUAUUCCGAGACUUUUCAGAUAGCCCCUCCCCCUCCAAAUCCUGCUCCUCCUCGUGCUCGCACUCCAACUGGCAGGCCAACCGUCUUG